GAAUUUUAAAAAAGACCUAACCCUAAUAGAAAUAAUUUUUUUUAAUUCUUCUCUCUCUUCUUUUUCGUCGUCCUCUCGUUCUCUCAACUCAAACACAGUAGCAAUGGGGGUGACCUAGCAGCUGAUUCACUUGACUCCAAUGGCGGACCUGGAUUAUCGAUGAUCUUAUAAUCCUUUAUAACAAGUAGCUAAAUCUCUCACUUCACUUAGGUUUUUAGAUUUUUGAUUUGUUCACUUCACUCGAGCAGCUGAGUCGCUCUCUUAGGAAUCGUCGGCCUCUCAUCCUUGCGAACCUGGAUUAUCGAUGUUUAUUGCUGGUUUAUUAUCACUGCAAUAUUUGCUGUGAAGAAGGUGACUGGUGUUUGUUUUUGCUAGGGUUUUGUUAACGCAGGUGGGAAAUUUGCUCAGCAGACAGAGCUUAGUGGGGAGAGUAUAAACAUCACCUACAGGCUUGAUGGAACUCACCUAGCUGUUGGGAACAGGGUAUGCUCAAUUUUGGGACAAAUCUCGGACUCUCCUCUCUUUUUCUUGGUCUGUUUUGGUUCUAGCGUUUUUCUAAUCUGCUCCCUGCUUCUAGAUUUACAUUGGAAAUCUUAAAAUGGACAAAACUUGGAUGGUUAAGUCAUGGAAUAGUGAUGAAUAUAAAGUCGGAGUUGAACAAUUUCUUCAAUUUGCAUUUUGUAAUGCAUCUCAUGAUGGGAAGAUAUUAUGUCCAUGUAGAUGUUGCGUGAAUCGCUAUCUACAAACUAAGGAAGAAACUAGAGUGCAUUUAAGGUGUGAUGGGUUUUUACCGGGGUAUACUAAAUGGAUUUGUCAUGGAGAAUCCUCUAAUAAUGCUUCAACAUCAUCCACUUUUCCGGAAAGUACUAGUUCACGAGGAUUAGAAUAUGUCCAAGCGCAACCAAAUCUACGAAAGCCUGAUGACAUAGUAGGGUUAUUGCGUGAUGCUAUAGGUGUGGUUAGGCAAGUGAAUGAUAACAUAGCAUUAGAUGUUGAUGAGGAGGUGGAUUCCGAAAAUGUAGGGAUAGACAUAGAACAACCAGGAGUAUCCACCACAGGGGUGUCUAGUGAAUUUCAGAAGCUACUAGACGAUGUUGACAAAGAAGUAUAUCCAGGGUGUAAGACAUUUUCUAAAUUGUCUUGCAUUUUACAUAUAUACCACAUGAAAUAUCUUAAUGGAUGGACGGAGAAAUCCGUUAGUAUGCUCUUGGAGUUUCUACUUGAUUUGCUUCCAGAGGGUGCCUUACUGCCUAAAACUUAUUAUGAGUCUAAGAAGAUUAUUACAACAUUAGGUCUUGAUUAUAAAAAGAUCGAUGCUUGUGAAAAUGACUGUAUGUUGUUUUGGGGUGAGAAAUCAAGUGAUGAAGUUUGCAGUAAAUGUGGCACAUCAAGAUGGGUAGUUAAUAAGAACGAGCAAGUGAAUUCCAAUGAUAAUUCAGUGAAUAAGCCUGUUGCUAAGAGAAAGAAGCCCGUCAAAGUUUUGCGUUACUUUCCAUUAAUACCAAGGCUGCAAAGAUUGUUUAUUUCAAAGAAGACUUCGACUGACAUGAGGUGGCAUGCUGUGGGUCGCAUAAAAGAUGGGAUGCUCAGACAUCCUGCAGAUGGGGAAGCUUGGAGAGCAUUUGAUGCCCAAUUUCCAAAUUUCUCGUCCGAUCCACGAAAUGUUAGAUUUGGUCUUUCUAGUGACGGGUUCAAUCCUUUCAGAACAAUGAGUACUAAUUAUAGUACUUGGCCUGUCAUGUUGAUUCCAUAUAACAUGUCACCCUGGAUUUGCAUGAAGCAAUCAUCUUUUAUUUUAUCAAUGAUCAUCCCAGGGAAAAAGGGUCCUGGAAAUGACAUUGAUGUCUACUUGCAACCUCUGAUCGAAGAGCUGAAACUGUUAUGGGAAGGUGUAGAAACCUACGACGCUUUUGGGGGUGAAACUUUUAACUUAAGAGGUGCAUUAAUGUGGACUAUUAAUGACUUCCCUGCUUAUGCUUAUUUAUCAGGCUGGAGUACUAAAGGGAGGUUUGCUUGUCCAUGUUGUGCUGAAUUCACAAAUUCAAGAUGGUUAUAUAAGGGUGGAAAACAUUGCUAUAUGGGUCAUCGCCGGUGGUUACCACAUGAUCAUUCAUUUCGCUUCAAGGAACAUCUUUUUGAUGGAACCCAAGAAUUAGGCAUGGCACCUGUACGAGCUACAAGUGGUGAUGUUUUAAACCAAUUAGAUGAUCUUCAAUUUGGUUUAGAGCAAUUAGGAAAGCAGUCCAAAUCUAAGAAAGGGAAAAGAAAAAAGCAAACUCCUUGAACUGAAUAUUAUUUGAUGCGAUAGGAGAAAUUCUUGAUUCCUCCCGAGACAAAAAGUUGGGUUCUUGAAUCAGUCGGUAAAAAAUGGAGGGAUUACAAAUCUGAUCUGAAGUUACAGUAUUACAGCCGAGAUAAACCUAAGGAACAAGUCAAAACAAAUGUUCCGAAAGGGGUUGAAAUAACUCAAUGGCGUAUUUUGGUCAAUGGAUGGUACACUGAGAGAAGUCAGAAAUUGAGCCAGAUAAAUACUGCCAAUGCAAAUAAGAAGAAAAACAAGCAAACUACUGGAAGAAAAAGUUAUGCAAGACUUAGAAAAGAAAUG